CCUCGAUGGGACAUUUUAAAGUCUAUUACAGCUUACCUGGCUUAUUUCAGCAUUCAGCACAAGGGUUCUUAGAGUCCGUUAAAGAUAAGGGUUUCGGGUCGCUUAGUGGUCUGGAAUGCCGGUGAAGUCGAUUUUCAAGCUUAGUCAAGAAGAACCUACAGUAGAGCAAGGCUUUGACGUUGUAAGCGGGUUAGUAUUCUGAAAUGAAACCACAAAAGGGGGAAAAGUGUGAAACCACCAAAGUUGGAAGAGAUUCGGGAAGGGUGAAAGUCUUCGUGCGAGUGCGUCCUCCACGACCGAAUGAAAACAAUCGGAAAGAACAGAUAGCUGUCAAUGUGGAAGAACUCUCUUCGAAGAUCCAUGUCACUGAUUCCAAGCAUAGUUGGGAGAAGACUUUUAAUUUCGACCAUGUUUUCCCAAAGGAGGCUACAAACCCAGAGGUGUGCAGCACCAUUAGCAGACCUCUGGUGAAUGCUGCUUUGAAUGGAUUUAAUGGAACCCUCAUGGCAUACGGACAGACGGGAUCCGGCAAGACCCAUACACUGAUGGCACCUGAUGGGAUAACAGCUGGUGUGAUUGAGAGGUGCUUUAAACGAAUCACAAAGGAUGAUUACCAUGAUUACAAGGUAACAAUGUCAUACUUGCAAAUUUACCAAGAGAAAAUCUACGACCUCCUAAACUCAACGAACAAAGUCGAACUUAGCCUGAGAGAACAUCCAGUCAAAGGUGUUUAUGUCGAGAACCUUACCGAGUUUGUGGUACGAAGCCCCUCAGAAGUAUUGCAUCUGUUAGCUGUGGGAAAGAAGAGACUUAUAUUUGCUGAAACUAAGAUGAACAGAAACUCAAGCAGGUCCCACUCUGUUUGUCAGUUGACGAUUGAAAGGACUCUCAACAAGAACAAGAUGAACGCAGAGGGAAUUGCUAAACAUGGCGCGAACGGACGAGAUUCUCGGGAUGGUCUGGUACCGAGUAAGACUAGCAGUGAUCAUGAGGAUUCAGGAGAAGAUUUAGAUGCUGGGGCGAGCGAAGCGAAUGAUAACGAAGAAGACGAGUCGCUCGCCAAAAUGGUGGCCUUUGAUGACGAUGUGCUUAUUAGAGGACGAAUAUAUUUGUGCGACUUAGCCGGUAGUGAGCGACUCAAGAAAACCCAGGCAGAGGGAGAAAGACUUAGUGAAGCUCAACAUAUUAACUUGUCUCUACUUGAGUUAGGGAAUGUUAUCCAGGCGUUGGCAGAAGGGAAGAAGACCCACGUUCCGUUCCGGAAUUCUACUCUAACAAGGCUGCUUCAAGAAAGUUUGGGUGGAAACUGCAAAACAAGUUUAGUGGUGUGUGUUUCUCCAACCAUGGGUGAUGUUAGUGAGACUAAAAGCACUUUGUUCUUUGGAUCCCGAGCAAUGAAGAUCACAAAUACUGCUUACAUUAACGUUGAGGUUGAUUACAAGAGACUUAGUGAAGAUCUUUCAAAGAUUGUGGAUAGGAGAGAAAAAGAUCUUGAAGAUCUAAAGCAAACGUUUGAAACAAGGAUAGAGCGACUUAAACACGAGGCGGAGAGGACUGUGACAAAUGCCAUGGCAGAGGCAGACAGAGUGGUGGCAUCUGUGAAGAGUCUCUACGAAAAUGAGAAAUCUAGUUUGGAGAGCGACAUAGAAAAUCUCAACUUCAGAUUAGACGAAGAGAAAACGCACACAGAAAACCUUCAAGAUCAGAUAACAAAGGCAAAAGGCAAACUUCAAGAAGACAUGUUCAAAGCAAGAAGCACCCUUCUGUCAGAUAUUAUCUCUAUGCAGCUGUUGUACGCACUCAAAGAUUUGCCCCUCGACAAUGAUCACCACUUCUCAGAAAACGAUUUGAGUCUCAGGGAUUUCUGCUCUCAGUGGGCUACAACAAAAUGCAAAAUUCUGGAAAACGCGGACGUGCUUUUAGAUCUGCUCAAAAGUUAUUUGAGUUUAAUGAAUUCCAAAGGAGACAAGUUACUGGAGGACGGUGGAAGUCUGAAGAGUUUGGUCGGAUGUGAAGAGUCGUUUAAUGCCGAUAAAAGAUUGUUGAGUGCCUCUGAAGAAGUUUCAUUGUACAUGACAAAUAAAACUGACGAUGACAAGGUUGUUGCAUCGACGGGUUGUUGCGAAAUUCUUCCAUGUUCUGAAACGAAUACCGAAGACUUUAUCCUAUCGACUGAGCAAAAUCUGGGAGAUGGCGAAGAGAGUUCCAAUAUUAGAAACAAGCUGAUUUCACUAAAAAAAUUUAUGGACGACAAAGCGCUAGCUUUUCUAACGAAAGCAUUUGAGCUUGAUGUAGGUAAUGAAAACAGAGUAAUAAACACGAGGCAAGACAUUUAUGGAAGGAUUCAAGAAAUCUUAAAUCAAGAAGACACACUGCCAGAUUUUAGAGAGAAUGCAGCGGAACUAUCACAUGUUGCUGACGCACUCGGCCUUCUUGACCACUGCCACAGUCACGUGAUCGUAGAUAAAGCGCUACAGGGCGCCUUAUUGGUUUUGGAAAACAACAUUGUCAUCAAGCGAUGUAACGUCAUCCAAAAGCAGAAAGACGUCUUGCAAGACGAAAACGAAACGUUGCGGAAACAGAUCCAGAUUCUACAGAAGGAAGCAGAGAAGUUAAACGGAAAACUAAACGAGACUUCGUCAUCGCUAUGCGAUGUAAUGAAAAGCAAGGAACAACUAGAAGAUGAUCUUUCAUCUGUGUUUCAGCUUCACAACAUGAGAAACAUUGAGCGAAAGAUACAGAAGGAAAACGAUGGAAAGUUAGACAUGAGCACCAUUCUGCAGGAAAAUGUCACAACUCUGUUAGAAAACAACACCAAACUACAAGAGACGCUCCAAGUAUCGGAAAACGACAAAGAAAACUUGAAAUCUGAGUUAACAUCUGUUAAGGAAGAAUUACAAAGACUAAAGGAGGGAUAUGUGCAAGAUGAAAAAGGUACACAAACAGAUUUAGUCGGUCAAAAUGAAUUCAUGAAACCUCAUCUGGGAGAUCAGUCAAAGACAAUUUCAGACCGCAAUGGAAUAAUUCACGCGAUUUUGUCGUCACUGCAUGACGAUCAAUCCUCGUUGCUGGAAAAGGCGGCUUUUGCAGCUCAGUCAAACAACGUGGAUGACGUUUCUUCUCUUAGAGCUGUUAUUAAUCAUCGCCUUGGAGAGGAAUGGUCUCUUGUUGUCCUAGAAAAUGCCAGAAUGAAAUCAGAGCUCGAUGGCAUUCUGGGUAGAAUCAAUGAGGAGAAGAGAAAUCUUGUCAGCGAGUUGGCAGAUUGGAAAUUCCAAGCGGCAGAGGUAAACAGUAUGAAAGAAGAGUUGAAUACAAAAGGCGAAGAUUUUGCAGAUGGAUUUAAAGUCCCGAUGGAUGAAAACGAAAAUGGUUCAAGCGACAAGCUUAUCUCAAAGAUAGAUAUUUAUAAUCAAAAUGAAGUAAUCGCCGAACUUCGAAUGGAUGAACAAGAAGACAAAGGGGAGCCUAGGCGGGAAGGAUCGACCGCUGGAGACUAUUGGGAAAGUAUUGUCAAAGAAAAGUUGGGUGAACUGUCUGUGGUUCAUCGAGAGACUGAGAGGCAUGAAGUGAUCGAAUUGGAUUCUUUGGAAAGCAAGUACAGUGACCCGGAGAAAGACCAAGAUAAUUCUAACAAGAUUCGUGAAAAAGAACUUAGGGAGCUCUUAAAGAGAGAGAGGCAACUAACCACAAACAUUAUGCAAUUGGACGAAAAGUGCUCAUCUUUAGAAAAACAAUUAGGUCGAUCUGCCUUGGAAAACACUAAAUUGAAGGAGCAAUUAAGGAAGUUGAAAAUAAAGAUAAGUGACGUUGAACAGGAGAAAGCUGAAAUUACCGCUCAGAAAAUUGCUCUCGAAGAAAGCUCGCGAGAACUACAACAGAACGCCAAGCGCGAGAUUGCCGUGGAAAAGGAACGGACAUUGACUCUUGAGAAGCAAUUACAAGCAAAAACGCAAGAAUUCGGGGAAGGAAAAGCGUUAUUGAAGCUGAAAGAUGCUCGGGUGAGUGAAGUGGAGGCAGAACUCUUGGAAACGAAAGCAUAUUAUAAAAAGCUGCUGCAGGAAAACUCACACGAGUACGAGGUGGAUCAACAGAACAUGAUGAAAGAGAUCAACAGUCUAAGAUGUUUGCAAGGACUGCCAACAUUAAAAAAAGACAGCGUGCAAUCAAAGCAAGAGGUUAAGGGUGGCUUAAUGAAUGGAGAAAAUCAAGCAGAGAACAAGAAAGACAACAAACUUAAUUCCGAGCUUACGCGCGCCAAAGAACAACUCGUGCGCCUUAAAGCAGAGCUCACACUUUCUAACAUGCAAACACGAAAUCUUGGUUCUCAGUUAUCGUCACUGCGCGAAGAUAGUACGAAACUGGAGGCGGAGCUUUCGACGGUGCGAGUUUCUCCGAGGAAUUCCCGACAACGAAGAGCUUCGUUCAGUUUUUACGAAGAGACAGUGCGACUGGAGAUGGAGCUGGCGGAAGCUAAGGAGAAGAUCAUCGACUUGCAGGAAAAACUGUUGAUCAUUUACAAGGAGAAAUUUGCUCUGGAAGAGAAGAUUGUUAGUUUGGAAGGGCAAAGAAACGUCCAUUUGGAAAAUGGCGCAAAGCUUUAUUCAGCCAACGAUGACCACGAACCAUUCUGUGACCUAGAGAAAACAAAAGUGCUGAAGAGUAAGAUUGGCCUAUUGGAGGCUGAGAAAGAACAGCUUAAAAGAGAACUUGACAAUACAAACGCUGAUAAAACUCGAUUAGAGAGUAUUGAACACUGCGUACAGCAGCUAGUAAGCCUUGAGGACGAACAUUUGAGAGUGAAAGACAGAUUGAAAAAAUGGGCACAAAACUCUACAGACGAACAGCAGUUAAACGAGACCAGAAAAACUGUAAACAAAUUUCCAGAAAACAGCUACUUCAAUGAAUUAAGAGUCCUAUCAGGAGAAAAUCUCGUUCUUCAAGAAGAAGUCAGUGGUUUGAGAGAGACAAUCGCUCAACUGGAAAGCGAUUUGGCUGCGUUGAAGUUAAAGCUUUCCAUCGCAGAUGCUGCACAGGACGAUUCUUUGGACAAGAAAACUGUUGCAACACUACUCGUGUCAGUUAAACAAGAACGGGCCGAGUUACAGAAGGCUUUGAAUGAUGCGCUCAUCGAGAAAGAUGAUUUAGAUGAGGAAUUGUCCGAAAUAAAGGUGAAGUAUGCAAAACUUCAGAGAGAAUUUGCAAUGACAAGCAUUGUAAAGGAUGACUUGGAGCUUGAGGUUCUUUCUUUAAAGAAAGCUAGCUUAGCUCGAGGACUUUCUAACCUGACGCAGAGUAGCGAGGAUUGUAAAAGCGAAAUGUCAGAUUCGUCUGUGGAUGACAAACUGAUAGAUCGCAGCGAUGAAAACGGAGUCGGAGACUCCAUGGAUAAAAAGAUAGCAUCGCCAGGCGGUGGAAGAAAGAGAGCCCCUGCGCUGAACAGUCGCAAAACGGUGAUCACAAAGAAUCUCAAAGCUGAGAGAGACUCGUUUUCCUCAGGACGGAGCACAUCAAGUUCAUCUUCGAAGAAUGAAAAGAAGACUCUCUCACAGAGGCCAAACAGUCUACAAAGCGUGCCAUUACCGCCGAAGAAGUCAGUAGAAAGGCGGGCGAAGUCAUCAGAAUCAGGUGGAGAGAAACUAAGCAGUAGAACACCGAGGUCAAUCACAGAUGACCAGUCAACGGAUGACAACCCCCAGCACCUUGCAAUUUGCUAUGACCUAAUAAGGAUUGAUGACGCAGUUAGUGAGGCAUGCGCACGGCACGUUAACACUGACUGUAUUAACAGCGGGCUCUUACGAAAAACGCCCGAGGGACAACGACUUAAUCCAGAGGGUAUGGAACACGACAACGAAACAUGCUUCGACACAGACAAUACUGAGCAUGUUGAUAAAAAAGACAGCAGCGACAAUUUCCUGGAUGACACUGUUGAGAUUGGCGCACACCAGGGUGCCACUGAGGGUAUUUCUGAGACAGACUUUUCUCUAUCACAGUCGACUGAAGUGCUUGUAAAGACCACGUGGUCUCUGAAAAACUUAUUUCGGUGGCAGAAGUCAGCACCUAUACCCGAUCACAAAAUUGACGCUCUUACACAGUAGAAAAACUCGAACCAAUCCUUUUAAAACAAAUGCUAUUAGGGACCAGUGGGUGGGGAGAUAAUGUGGCUUUCAGGGGGGAACAGAGGGGGGAACAGUUGUCAUCAAUAGAGUAGGCACUUAAGAAACCACGAC